CCUCCGCUGCCUUCAUUUUUUUUUUUCUUUCUCCGCUCCACCCUCUCGGCAUUUCUCUACUAGCGGCGCCGACAGGGCGAGCGGCCGCCCUUGCCCCUUGGCCUGGUGUUCGUCUGGCGCUUCGCCGGCGACGAGGAUCCUACAGCAGGUGUAAUUAGCGCGAAAUAUUCGUCCAGGGAAGUAAGAAUGCCGUAAGGAACCGCUGAGGAUUGUAGGUGGUUAUGGAUAAUGAUAAUGGAGAUGCGGAUGACCUUGGAUCAGGAUGGUUUGAAGUGAAAAAGAAGCAUCGGUCCAGCUCGAAAUACACAUUGCAGAGGUCUUCUGGAGGUUCCAGCCAGAAAAUUCCAAACUCGUCGUCACGGUCACGGCCCAACUGUAGCAGUGACAGUUCAAGGUGGCAUGACAGGCCGCAACAUCCUCCUCCGAACAUAAAUGCUAAUGUUGGCGUUGAUGAAUCUGGUACUGGAGAAACAACUAAUGUUCUAGCUGAAAGAUGCAAUGAUGUAGGUGCUAGUGACCUGAAGGGUGUCUUAAAUACUUCAGCCUCAGAGUAUGUAGCAGAAAGACCUGACGAGCUGCUGGUGGCUGAAGAAACAAGUGAACCUCCCAAAACCAGUCUGGCUGAUCAUGCAAAUCCUUCAGUGCCUCAUGAGUCCUCGACCUGUUCAGGCAGUGUUGCCAAAUGUGCAGACGAUUCUCAGCAUGUAAAAUGUUCUCCAAAAACAGAGUCGCUAGGUGUUUUGUCCAAUACUCCUGUCAAGUUUGGAGACUUUGAUGAAGUUCCAGGUUUAUCAUUACCCUCUGAUUCAUACAGAGAUAACAGUUCUUCUAGAGACCAUGGGCAUGGUGGAGAUGCUGCACAUUCCAGAAAUGAGCAAAAGGAUGAAAGUAAACCCAAAGUGGAGACGAACUCUUGUGCAACAAUUGAUGAGGCAUCUCCAAUCAUUAUACAAGGAACAGAGACACCCAGUGAUGACACGAUAGGGCCACUGGAUGCACAUGAAACACCAGAAAGUAUGUUGAAUGUUAGUGGUUCAGCAGCCUCAACUGACUCUGUUUCCCUACCCUGCUCCAGUAAUGAUCAUGAAGUUCCAGUUACAUCUUCAUCUGUUGCGUCCACAGAAAGUAGAACGUUACUUCCUAACCAUGCACCAGCUUCUGCAGAUUUCGGAUCUGAAACUGCUGAGAGCAAAGAAAGAUUCAGGCAGAGGCUAUGGUGCUUUCUUUUUGAGAAUCUGAAUAGGGCUGUUGAUGAACUUUACCUCCUCUGUGAACUAGAAUGUGACAUGGAACAAAUUAAUGAAUCCAUACUUGUUCUUGAAGAAGCUAUAUCUGAUUUUCAAGAACUUAAAUCCAGAGCAGAGCAUUUUGAUAACACCAAAAAGUCUCCUGGUGUACCCAAAGAGGGGAUGCCAAUGGCUGUGAAAGCUGACCAUAGGAGACCUCAUGCCUUGUCUUGGGAGGUCAGAAGGAUGACAAGUUCACCACACAGGCAAGAAAUACUCUCUUCAUCUCUAGAGGCCUUCCAAAGGAUCCAAUUGGAACUGGCAUGCAAGCAGGCUGGUAUAACGGCAGAGAGAUUUACAUCCAGCUCUUCUGGAGAAGUUUUGAGUAGCUCAUCAGAGCUGACCACAGCAUCCGCUACUGUUAGGAAUAUAAGUUUGAAAGUGGAGAGUCAGGUAAAACUUCCUGAUAGUGGUAGUGAGAAAAAGAUUGCUGGAGAGAAGCAAAUCAGGGAUGCAUUCAAGUCAGAUAAAUCACAUCCACAAAGUAUGCCUUCAUAUUCUGCAAGGAGUAGAAGAGGGUCACUAGAACCGAUCUCGGAAAUAGAGAAGCACACUUUUAAGAAUGACAGGGAGUUGCCAGAAAACAAAUUUGACAGGCUCAAGUCAGCCGAUGUUGUUAAAAAGAGUACAGUUCAUCUUGAAAAGGAGAAGCAAAUUACAGCACCUUGGAAGUCAAUGGAUGCCUGGAAGGAGAAAAGGAACUGGGAAGAUAUAUUGAAAUCUCCUGCACGGAGUUCUCGGGUUUCUCAUUCUCCUGGUGUUGGCAGAAAAGUUACAGAUCGUGGUCGUGUUCUACAUGACAAGUUGAUGUCUCCUGAAAAGAAAAAAAGAAGCGCUUUGGAUAUGAAAAAAGAAGCAGAAGAAAAGCAUGCACGAGCACUGCGAAUUAGGAGUCAACUAGAAAGUGAGAGGGUUCAGAGGCUACAACGUACCUCUGAAAAGUUAAAUCGUGUCAAUGAGUGGCAGGCUGUGCGCAGCUCAAAACUGCGAGAAGUAAUGAAUGCACGCCAUCAACGUGGUGAAUCUCGUCAUGAAGCAUAUCUUGCUCAGGUUGCAAAAAGAGCUGGUGAUGAGAGUACUAAAGUAAAUGAGGUCCGUUUUAUUACAUCGCUGAAUGAGGAAAACAAAAAGUUCUUGCUGAGGCAGAAACUUUAUGAUUCUGAAAUGCGGAGAGCUGAAAAGCUACAGGUGAUCAAAACAAAGCAAAAGGAGGACACUGCUAGGGAAGAAGCUGUUUUGGAACGAAGAAAGUUCCUUGAAGCUGAGAAGAUGCAGCGCCUUGCUGAAAUACAGCGCAAGAAAGAAGAGGCUAUUUUCAGAAGAGAAGAAGAGCGCAAAGCAUCUAGUGCUGCACGGGAAGCAAGGGCUGCAGAACAGCAGCGUAGAAAAGAAAUAAGAGCAAAAGCGCAACAAGAGGAAGCUGAACUUUUAGCCCAAAAGUUAGCUGAAAAGCUCCGUGAGAGUGAGCAGCGCCGCAAGUAUCACCUAGAGCAGAUACGGGAGCGAGCCUCUAUGGAUCUUAGGGAUCAGACUUCACCUUUUCAGCGCCGCUUUCCAAGUAAAGAUGGCCAAAACCGUUCAACUAAUAGCGGCGAAGACUCUCAGAUUACUGGCAAUUCCAGCACCGCAGACUCUGUGGUUAAAUCAUCGAAUAAUGUACAGAUGAAACGAAGGAUCAAAAAGAUUCGCCAGAGAUUAAUGGCUCUGAAGCAUGAAUUUAUCGAACCACCCAUAGGUGAAAGUACUGGAAUCACACACAGGGCUGCUCUAGGAGCUGCCAAAGCUAAGUUAAGUAGAUGGCUUCAAGACCUACAGAAACUUCGUCAAGCUAGAAAAGAAGGCACUGCCAGUAUUGGUUUGAUUGUUGGUGACAUGACAAAGUAUUUAGAAGGAAAGGAUCUUGAACUGCAUGCAUCAAGACAAGUUGGUCUGCUUGGCUUCAUUGCAUCUGCUUUACCUGCAUCACACACUUCAAAGCCUGGAGCUUGUCAAGUCACUGUCUACCUCUUGCGCCUGUUGAGAGUAUUGCUCUCACUUCCAGCUAAUCGAACAUAUUUUCUAGUACAGAAUCUUUUACCUCCGAUUAUUCCCAUGCUAUCAGCAUCACUGGAGAAUUACAUUAAGGUGGCAGCAUCCAACUCUGGAAGUUCAAAUCUUCUGCCUAACAAAACUUCAACCGAGAAUACAGAGUCAUCAGGUGAAGUGUUAGAUGGCUUCUUAUGGACUGUGACCAUGAUCGUUGGCCAUGUACACCUCGAUGAUGAACAACUUCAAAUGCAGGGAGGUUUGAUCGAACUGAUUGUAGCUUAUCAAAUAAUUCACCGUCUGCGAGAUUUGUUUGCCCUUUAUGAUAGGCCCCAGGUGGAAGGAUCCCCACUCCCAUCAUCUAUACGCUUUGGUCUCAACCUUUUGGCUGUCUUAACAUCUAAACCUGGAAAUUUCUCUACCAUUGAUUGGGAGUCCUGCAAAUGCAGGACAUUAGGUGGCACUAUAGUUCAAGAAUAUGAAUAUCUUAGCUCACAAGACAGUAUGGGGAACCAGUUGAUGACACUAGAGCAGUCUGGAGAUAACAAAUUGGCAUCCUUGUGUAGUGAACUGCCUGAAGAAAACAAAUCAUGUAAACUGCAUGACUUGAGCAUUCCUGGGGACAGAAAAUUGGUUGAUGAAGCUAGAAAAGACUUGAUACCUGUCUCAGGUGGCCUGAAUAAUCCAGCAAUGCAACCACCUGAUUUGGGGAUUGCUACAGAGAAGCGUUCUGAAAUUCCUAGCCAGGGAGAUGAAAAUAGCACAAUCGACAGUUUUCUUGAAGGAAGAAAGGUGAACAAUGUAGGUUCAGGGUAUAACAGUAGUCCUGGAAAAGGCAACGAGACAAGCCUAAAGCAUCCUGUAAUGCUUUUACUUUCUGCUAUGACUGAGACUGGCCUUGUUAGUCUACCAUCACUUUUGACUGCUGUGUUGCUCCAGGCGAACAACAGAUCAUCUUCAGAACAGACUUCAGCUAUUCUUCCAUCAAAUUUUGAAGAAGUAGCCACUGGUGUAUUAAAAGUUUUGAACAAUGUGGCACGCUUGGAUAUAAAUCUUCUGCAGUGCAUGCUGGCUAGAUCAGAUCUAAAGAUGGAGUUCUUCCAUUUAAUCAGCUUCCUUCUGAGCCAUUGCAUGAACAAAUGGAGAGUACCAAACGAUCAGGUUGGUUUGCUGCUUCUAGAGUCUCUGCUACUUCUUGGCUACUUUUCUUUGUUCCAUGCUGAGAACCAAGCUGUUCUUCGGUGGGGAAAGAGUCCCACCAUACUUCACAAGCUGUGCGACUUGCCAUUUGUUUUCUUCAGUGACCCCGAGUUGAUGCCCAUCUUGGCUGCUGCUCUGAUCGCUGUUUGCUACGGUUGCGAUCAGAAUCGAAGUGUUGUACAACAGGAAAUAAGCACGGAUAUGCUUCGUUCUUUGCUCAAGUCCUGUCAAACAUCAUUGACUUCUCCAGAUUCCAUUGCUGUAGAUGGUUCUGGAAACAAUUCCAGUGAUAACACGCAGAGUUUACUUGAUACCAGGAGCCCACAAGGUGACAUCCCAAUAAGGUCAAGCCGCAAAAUUGGACGGCCAGUUGUUGGGAAGGGUGUUUCAGGAGGCAUCAGAUUCAACAGAAAUAGGGUUCAGAAGGAUGGUAGAGGAAGAGGUGUUGAUGAUGGGCCUCUGAAGCAAAGAGCUGGUGAAGCUUCAUCUAACUUCAUGUUGCAUAGAAAGAUCCCAGCUUCUUUCUUGGACAGAGCCGAGGAGUUCUUCUGCAGUGAGACAUGAAUUCGGCUCUGUAGCUGACCUGACCUAUAGUGCACAAGCUACUGAAUUUUACAAUUUUGCGAGGAUGGUGUUUCAGACUAAUUAUCUCAAAACUCUAGGCAAAUGUACGUUCGGCUGGAUCUGACUAUAGUUUUGGAAAGGUUUUGCGACCUCGUAUCCUGAUUAAACCAUGCAGUCUAAAGAUAAAAUAGCUAUGUAGGGAGAGAUGCACUGUUAUGUACAGGAAAAAACUGUGAUAAGAAAAAUCUGACUCCAUAUGGAAUAAAGGAACUGUCCAUAAUUUACUUC